UCGCAGACCCGGCGGUAUUAAACGGUUGCGAGCGGAGCGUUCUGGUGAUCGUCCUAGGUCUCAGGCUCUCAUCGCUGCGGCAGCCCGCUCGCUCUGUCAAGCCUAGGCCGGCUACUCCUCCUCCUUCACUUCGCCUCUAGCCGCGUCGUUGCGACUCCGCCACCAUGUUCGAAGCGCGCCUGGUCCAGGGCUCCAUCCUGAAAAAGGUGCUGGAGGCGCUUAAGGACCUCAUCAAUGAGGCCUGCUGGGACAUCAGCUCGAGCGGCGUGAACCUGCAGAGCAUGGACUCGUCCCACGUCUCUUUGGUGCAGCUCACCCUGCGGUCUGAGGGCUUCGACACGUACCGCUGCGACCGUAACCUGGCCAUGGGUGUGAACCUCACCAGCAUGUCCAAGAUACUAAAAUGUGCUGGCAACGAAGACAUCAUUACCCUAAGGGCUGAAGAUAAUGCGGACACCUUGGCACUAGUAUUUGAAGCUCCAAACCAAGAAAAGGUUUCAGACUAUGAAAUGAAGUUAAUGGAUUUGGAUGUUGAACAACUUGGAAUUCCAGAACAGGAGUAUAGCUGUGUAGUAAAGAUGCCUUCUGGUGAAUUUGCGCGUAUAUGCCGAGAUCUCAGUCAUAUUGGAGAUGCUGUUGUAAUUUCCUGUGCAAAAGAUGGAGUGAAAUUCUCUGCCAGUGGGGAACUUGGAAAUGGAAAUAUUAAGUUGUCACAAACAAGUAAUGUCGAUAAAGAAGAGGAAGCUGUUGCCAUAGAGAUGAAUGAGCCAGUCCAGCUAACUUUUGCACUGAGAUAUCUGAACUUCUUUACAAAAGCUACUCCACUGUCUCCUACAGUAACUCUCAGUAUGUCUGCAGAUGUACCCCUUGUUGUAGAGUAUAAAAUUGCUGAUAUGGGACAUUUAAAGUACUAUCUGGCUCCCAAGAUCGAGGAUGAAGAAGGAUCUUAAGUGGUUUUAAAAUCCAAGAAAACAAAACUAAGCUCUUUGAGAACUGCUUCUGAGAUUUCAACAUGCUUUUAAAAGUCUCUUUUGUCACCAAAUUUGUACCUGAGUACAUAUGUAGAUAAUGUUUUCUGUAAAUAACCUGUUUUCCAUUCUUUACAAUUGAAAGCAUAGUCUCAAGUCAAAUCUGGUCUUAUUAACCUAGAACUACUUCUGCCUUAUAUAGAAAUAGUUGUUAGGAUUUUUAUAACAAAGGGUUUUGACUAUUAAUGCAGUUUUAAUAAUUGUGGGGGUUUUUUUCAAUUUAAAUAAAAGUUGUUUGAAUUUCAGAUAUCACAGGACAGUGCCUUCAUUUGAACCUUGACUGUUGCAAGUAUCCUAGGGAAUUCAUAAUUAGUGCUACCAUUUUUGUGUAAAUUUUAUAUAUUUUUUUCAAUCUAGAGCAGCCAGAUAUAAAUACAUUAGUAUAGCCAUAAAAAGUACUCCAAAUGCAGUAGGUGACAAGAUAUUUGUGAAGAUUCAGUUGUCACAUUUAUUUUUGUAUUCUCACUUGAGCUCAAGAAAUGAAUGGGAGAAUAGAACAAAUUCUGUAUGUUUCGUUAUUUUGUCUUUUUUGUAAGCAAAAACUAACACUUUUUCAGAAACUUAAUGCACUCAGUUAUGUUGGUUUAUAAGGCUAGUAUUGUUACAAGGCAGUGUUUCUUUAGCCUAGGGAACCUUUUACAAGACUUAGAAGAGACUAGGUCUGUGAUAGGGCCCAAGGAGUAUGUUUGCAAAAAAUUUUUUCUCCAGUAUAAAUAGCUUUAUCUGAGACUUAUCUGGCUUAUCUCUUAUGGUGUUGGGUUCAACCGAGAAAGUGAAAAGGCCCAGCAGUUGUGAAAUAGGCUAUUUAAACGUUCCCAGUAAUUGUGCUUACAAGGUCACAAAUUGGCAUCCUACACACUGAAAGCUGUUUUAUUACAAUCCUUUUUCCUUUAUAUUUUAUGUUUGGAUUAAAUAACUGGUUUCUUUGUUGUACCUGGACUUGAGUUCUAGUGAUUGGACUUCAGAACUCACUGUAUUCAGUGGGUAACCAUUACUUUAUGUUGCCUGGGUGGAAGGAGAUUGGCAGCAGAGGGGCCUGAUGGAGUUUUUGGAGUGAUGAAAACAGUUUAUCUAGACAGGUGAUGGUCCAAGACUGCAUUUGUUAAACCUCAUCCAGUUGUACUUUUAUGUAAAUUAUACCUUAAUAAAGCUGACAUUUAAAAGCUUUA